AUGGCAGACCAGAGCCUCAUCCGUAUCCUUCGGGAGAUUCGGCUGUUCGAAAAGGAUGACCAACUGGCCAUGACCAUCCACUAUUCCGAGAAGAAUGUCCGCCAGAUCACCGCUCUGCUCAUUGGGCCUCCAGACACUCCUUAUGCCUUUGGAUUCUAUCAGUUGGCCAUCACAGUUCCCCUUGACUACCCUGCUCGGCCUCCCACUAUUACCCUGCGAACUACCAAUCAUGGCAAAACUCGCUUUGGCCCUAACCUCUACGCGUCCGGCAAGAUCUGUCUGUCAAUCAUCGGGACAUGGCCGGGGCCGCCAAACGAGGACUGGUCCCCUGCUCAGGGACUGGAGUCCGUUUUGCUCUCAAUCCAGAGCCUACUCUCCGCAAACCCAUACACUUUGGAGCCUGGCUUCGAAACUCCCCGUGCUCCUAGUGACAAACUGUCCAGCAAGAAGUAUAGUGCAAAGAUUGCCCAUGAGAAUUUGCGACUCACGGUGAUUGCGCCUCUCGAACUGGCCAUGGGCAUAAUCACGGGUUCAUCUUCAAGCAAAAGGCAGAAGGCCAAGGGAGCAAAAGAACCCGACUCGACGCUGGGCCCGUUUGUUGAUUUCUGUAAACAACGCUUCCUAUGGUAUCGAGAGCAAUACAGAAAGGCGAUUCAAGAUGGCAUUGACGACCGAGAAAUUUGCCCUGGCCAGCCUUUUCCUCUGACGCUUUUUGAAUCCCAUGAUAAUAGCAUGUCAGGCCAAUGGAACUACCAACAGCUGAUGUCCCGCUUUGACGCACUGGAGAAGGCCAUCAUGGAAGAAUGCAACGGAUGGCCCAGCGCCGGACUGAAACUCGAAAAGAAGGAGUCCGGUCUCGCAGUUAGCUUGCGCGCUCAACGGGCGCAGAUUGUCUCGGAGAUGGCCCACCGCUCGAACGCCAUCUUUGACCUGGCUCUGGUUGAUGACAACCCUUUUCUCUGGCGAAUGACCUAUUUCGGUCGCUCGGGUACCCCAGUCGAUGAUGGCGUUUUCAAGAUUAGAAUUCACGUCAGCCCAAAUCACCCAGAAGUUCAGCCUCGUGUCUAUAUGGAAACCCCACUGUUUCACGUCCGUGUGGCGACUGAUCAGAUGCUGAUCUAUCUUCCUGUGCGAGCUGACGAGAUGAUCCGUCAUAUCGAGGGUAUCCUGUUCGCCUUGGAGGAAAAGUGGCCGAUCUGCAACCCACUCAUGGUCGUCAAUCAAGAGAGGGCUCGGCUUUGCUGGGGGAGUGCCGAGGACAAGAAGGAGUACACUCGUCGGCUUCGUCGAUCCGUCGCUGACAGUCUCGAUAACCUUUGA